CGCCAAACAAAACCCAUCGUUUUAUAACUCUCAAGCGUCCUUCUUCACAUGCCCACAAACAAACAAAACCCUCCCCCUCUCUCCCCCUCUCUCUCGCUUUUCAGUAUCAAUCUUCACGAGGAGUUGCAGCAUUUCACCAAUGGCGGCUUCAUCUGGGUUUUGUAGCUUCUUGUUAAGCAUUAUUUGCUCUAUUUUGCUACAAACCCAGAUGGCAUCUUCAGCUAUUCUACUGAGCAUUAAACAUCACCAUAGCCACCACCACAAAACCCGGCCGAUGUUCCAGACAAACAGGAGCUCCUGCGCUUUGUUUACCGGAACUUGGGUUCGUGACGAUUCAUAUCCUCUAUACCAGUACUCAGACUGCCAGAUCAUCACCCCGGAAUUCAAUUGCCAGAUGUACGGACGGCCCGAUUCGGGUUAUCUCCGGUACCGGUGGGCUCCUCUGAACUGCGAGAUUCCGAGGUUCAAUGGGCUUGAGUUUUUGGAGAGAAUGAGAGGCAAAACUGUGAUGUUCGUCGGCGACUCUCUCGGUCGGAACCAAUGGGAGUCGUUCAUUUGUAUGAUUUCAACGACGGCACCGUCGACGUCGACGCAGUUGAGUAGAGGAGAACCUCUCUCAACCUUCAAGUUCCUGGAUUAUGGAGUGACUGUAUCAUAUUACAAAGCACCAUAUCUGGUGGACAUAGAUGUGGAGGGAGGAAAGAGGGUGCUAAAGCUAGACGACAUAUCACAGAAUGGCAACGCCUGGAGAGGAGUCGAUGUGCUCUCCUUUAACACCGGCCAUUGGUGGAGCCACAAAGGAUCUCUCCAAGGGUGGGAGUACAUGGAAUCAGGAGGGACAUAUUACCAAGACAUGGAUCGACUGGUUGCAAUGGAGAAAGGGCUCAAGACAUGGGCUAAUUGGAUUGACUCCAACAUUGACAGCACCAGAACCAAAGUUUUCUUCCUCUCCAUCUCUCCUACACACUACAACCCAAGCGAGUGGAGUGCAGGGCCAACCGCUAUCACUUCAACGAAGAAUUGCUAUGGAGAGACUGCACCAAUGAGCGGAACGACAUACCUGGGAGAGUACAUGGAGCUGAUGAGGGUGGUGGAUGCAGUGCUUAGGGACAUGAGUGUUCCUACUUAUUUGUUAGACAUUACAAUGCUUUCUGCGCUAAGGAAAGAUGGGCAUCCCUCAAUCUAUAGUGGUGAUUUGAACGCCCAACAGAGAGCUAACCCAGACAGAUCAGCUGAUUGCAGCCACUGGUGCCUCCCUGGAUUGCCUGAUACUUGGAAUCAACUCUUCUACACUGCUUUGUUUUUCUAAGCUCGUUAUUCGUACAUUUUUUUAGGUACUGACUAUCAAGGUUACUAACUUUGCCCUUAGUAGUCAAUUUGAUCUCCUGUAAAUCAACUCAUAUUGUUUACCAAGAGAAAUAAGAUGUAACUUAUUUCUUUGUUGCA